AUGGCGGCUCUUUCCUCUGGCAUCGUCACUCUAACACUCGUUUUAUUACUCCUUUCCAUUCAAACAAAUGCUUGGAGAUCAACCCACGGCAAAACCCAGAACCAGCACACGAAAGCUGCCGCGAAGCUUAAAUAUGCGAACACGCACUCAGGCUAUUCUUCAAUCGCCAAUUACCAGUCAUCGAUGGUCGUCCCUCGUCCGCCCACUCUAAAUGCGGGUCCCUCAUACCUACCUCAACCUCCAGUGCCGAUUAUCGCCAAUCCAGUACCCAUAUCCCAUCCUCCAGCAUCACAGGGUGGCGCAGCAAUCUCCGAGAUGGCUCAAAACUUUGUGGAUGAGCACAACAAAGUGAGAAACGUUUAUGGAGUGCCUCAGCUCACGUGGAACCCGCAACUGAUCCCGUCGGCACAUCGCCUCGCUGCUGCUUGCGCCUUCCGACACACGGACAAUAACCCCUAUGGAGAGAACAUCGCGGCUGGCCAAACCUCACCGCAGGAGGUGGUGUCUCAGUGGGUCGAGGGACCGGAAGAAAAACUAGCAUGGAACCCCAAAAAUCCACAAGAUUCACAUUUCACCCAGGUUGUAUGGGAGGCUACCCGGGAGCUAGGCUGUGCUGUUACGAGUUGUCCAACGAUGGUUGGUGUUUCAUUGCCCCAGUCUCCUAUUCAAUUCUGGGUAUGCGAGUACAAUCCAUCGGGAAACGUAGAGACUCUUUACUUGAAAAACGUCCAUGCUCUUGCUGGAGGCAAACCAUCCCGUCGUUGA